GUAAUCAUGAUAACCUGAGUCAUCGACUCAUUGCGUGCACAUUUCAGAUUUUGUCAACAUCAGAGAUUUCACUUUGCAAAAACAGAACAUGAAAUAAUAUAAGACGUUACCUUCCGUUUUCCUUUUAGAUCAUGGAUAAUCAACAGGAGGAUCGCCGUGCUUUAUUCAAUGAUUCUGGUGAACCGACCUGGGAGCGGGCCUUUGCCAAAGCCAGAAAAGUAACUGAUAGGUUAGAUAAUGUCACCCUCAACAUUGCUGUGACAGGGGAGAGUGGGUCAGGAAAGUCCUCCUUUGUUAAUGCCUUCAGAGGUCUUCAAGAUACUGAUGAAGGAGCUGCAGAAACUGGAGUCACAGAAACCACCAUGGAGCCCACCAUGUACCCCCACCCAACCAUGCCCAAUGUGAACUUAUGGGACCUGCCAGGCAUAGGGACCCCAACCUUCAAAGCAGAAACCUACAUGAAAGAUGUCAAAUACCAAAACUAUGACUUCUUUAUCAUAGUAAGUGCAUCAAGAUUCAGGGACAAUGACUUGAUGCUGGCAAAAGAAAUCAAGAAAAAGAUGAAGAAUUUCUACUUUGUUCGCACAAAGACUGAUAAUGAUGUAACAAACGAAGCGAUGAAGGGAGUAACAGAAGAGGAAACACUUAAGAAAAUACGGAACAACUGUCUGGGAAAUCUCGGCCCAUUGGAAUCCCCUCCUGUCUUCCUCAUUACAUCCCGUAACCUGAAAAGGUUUGACUUCCAGGAACUGGUAAAUAAUCUGGAGAGAGACCUUCCAGCUGAGAAGAGAGAUGCUAUGGUUAUGAGUUUGCCUGUUUAUUCCAAGCAGUCUCUUGACAGGAAAUACAAAACAUUCAUGAAUAUAGCAUGGGCUGUGGCCAUCACAUCAGGUGCCAUAGCGGCAGCCCCAGUACCAGGUCUGUCACUAGCUUGUGAUGUUGCCAUGGUAGUGUAUUUCUUAAUCAAAUGCUACUAUUCAUUUGGUCUAAAUGAUAGAUCACUUCAAAAGUUAUCAAAGAGAGUAAACAAGCCAAUACUGGAAGAGGUUAAAAAUUCAUCACUUGUCAAGGCGAUUGCUGGAAAAUCAUUGCUUGUAGCAGAAAUGGCAGGAAGACUCAGCGUAGAAGAUGUUAUUGAGGAACUGUGCAGCCUUGUGCCUGUUGCUGGCAGCAUAGCAGCAGCUGGAGUAUCGUUUGCUACCACACGAUCUGUGCUCCUAGAAGGGGUAAAUGAACUGUAUAGUGUAGCCAAAAGGGUGAUUGAAAUGGCAGAACUAAAGUAG